CCGGCUCAAACAAACAGAUACGGACACAGUCAUGAAAACUUUGGCUCGCAGCGUGAAUCCACCGGUGGGAUUCAGACCGUGCGCUCUCAUAGUCUGAUCGGACAACUACCGAUCCUUCUGGAAAGUCUUCUCCCGGGUGAACGAUGUCCAUAGUGACCGUGCAGCUCGGUCAGUGCGGUAACCAGGUGGGUCACGAGCUGUUUGACAUCAUCUGCAGCGAUGCUCGGGACGGACAGAGGAAAGUGUACAGCACAGCUAGCUGUGAGCGAUUCUUCCACCAAACUGCACACGGAGACCUUGUAGCCAGGGCGGUGCUGGUUGACAUGGAGCCCAAAGUGAUCAACCAGAGUGUGAGCAGGGCUGCUAAAUCCGGCAGGUGGAGGUAUGGAGAGGCGUCACACUUCAGCCAGAAGCAGGGCUCUGGAAACAACUGGGCUAAUGGGUACUGCGUCCACGGCCCUCGUCACAGAGACGUGGUGGAGGAACUGGUGAGGCGAGAGGUGGAGCGCUGUGACAGGCUGGCCGGCCUCAUGGCCGUGAUGAGCGUGGCGGGGGGAACUGGCUCCGGGGUCGGCACCUACGUCACUCAGUGUGUCCGAGACAUCUACCCCAAGUCCUUCAUUGUCAACCACCUCACCUGGCCGUACGGGACUGGGGAGGUGAUAGUCCAGAAUUACAACUCCGUGCUGACGCUGGCUCACCUCUACCAGCUGUCGGACGCCAUCCUGGUGCAUGAGAACGACACGGCGCACAAGAUCUGCAGUCAGCUGCUCAACAUCAAACACAUCUCCUUCAGCGAUGUCAACAGGGUAAUCGCUCACCAGCUGGGCAGCGUCCUGCAGCCCGCCCUCACUGCUGACUCCCACGGAGUCUACAGCAGAAACCCUCUGGGUGAGCUGGUGAGCACCCUCGCGUGCCACCCAGAGUACAAGCUGCUCAGUGUUUGCACGAUCCCUCAGAUGCCUCGUGCCUCCAUGGCCUACAGCACGUUCAGCUGGCCGGGCCUGCUCAAACACCUACGACAGAUGCUCAUCUCCAACGCCAAGAUGGAGGAAGGUAUAGACUGGCAGGUGCGUCCACCUGCGGGGUCCGAGCGCACCGGGAGUCUGACGGGACCCAGUUUCAACACCUCUCUGGCCAACCUGCUCAUACUGAGAGGGAAAGAUGUGUACAGCGCAGAGACAGGUGGCUUUGAGGAUCCGGGCCUGUACACCUCCUGGCUCUCAUCAGGAGAAGCUUUCAGCGUGUGGAAAUCCCCAGUGCCUUUUAACAAGUAUGAAAAAUCUGCCACGCUGGUCAGCAACAGCCGAGCUCUGCUCAGGCCGCUGGAUCACAUGGUGGGAAAAGCCUGGAAUAUGUUUGCUUCCAGGGCCUACGUCCAUCAGUACAUUAAAUUUGGGAUCUCAGAGGAGGACUUUCUGGACAGCUUUACAUCUCUUGAGCAAGUCGUCUCCAGCUACAGUCAACUGUGCUAGACACGAGAACAGCCAACAAGUGCCACCUCGCCUGUGGCCUGAACAUCAUGAUGUGGGACAUAAAGAACUAACAUGGAAAUAAAACUAACAGGAUUCUUUGCCUCACUGAAACCUGAACCAUUUCCUUGAUUUUGACUUUUUUUCAGCAAAGACCCAAAGUACCACUGGGAUCCACGGUCAGUGCUGAGGGAAAAAUGUGGGAACUAUUUAAUUAAAUUAAAUUAUUAUGGACUUUCUGGUGUGACCGUUUUGUCAGUUGCUGUUAUCAAGGCCAAGAAUGGACUCAAAUUUCAAUCUAACAUAGAUAGGAAGCCUUUAAAGUGCUCCAAAAAUUGAAAAUUUGGAAAGCAAGUUUGUUGAGCAAUUAUAAGGAGUAGCAGCAGCGCACAAAGAAAAGUGACAAGAGCAUCAGUCAACAUACUUUUCACCACUUUAUUGUUCAUUGAUUUUACAUCGUAGCAUUUCCAGAACUGGGAUGAUCGGCAUGGAAGCAGAGUGUCCGCAAACGCACCAACUGAAGUUGAGUCUUGGCAUGAACCGAGCAGUACAACUGAAAUGUCGGUCGCCCACGACUUCAGCCAGCCUACAGACUGCUGUUGCCGUGGUAAUUUAACAGCCAACACCAGUCUGAUAAGCUAGCUGAUGGGAUGGGAAAGGUGUGUCAAGGAAUACACUACAGAAAGCCAGAAGGGGACCUCUCCAUAGAGCUGGAAUCCGCCAAGCGCAGACACGGGGAGGGAAGGCAGUCAGAUUGUAAAGUUUGAAUCAGAUGAAUCAAAUGCAGCUCCAACUAUUGAGGACACAGUUCUUGUUCUGACAAUUACAAAAAACUAAAAGACAAAGCAAAUGAGUGCUGAGCUGUU